UACGGUCCAUGACAAUAUUCGCCAUGUGGCCAACGGCGACACUCGUAUAGUGCGUACGAGCAAACAUAUGAAUAUACGAUAAGUAUUGGCUGUUGUUUGCGAAUAGUGCCGCGCAACUGACGCGUGUGAUUUAGUGAUAUUUUGUUUUUUUUAUUGCUAUUUAUAUUAUAGCAAAUGAAAUAAAAAUAUAGUGUUUAUUGGCUUUUUACGAAUAAGAUACCGAAUACAAAAUAGUCUGGGUACGAAAUGGACGAUAUGAAUGUUGUGCAAGCGCACAACUUACUCGGACAGAAAACACAAAUCCCAACGAGUAGAAAAGACAACGCGUUAACGAAGACACUCCGAUCAUGUUGUGUGAUACCACAGAGGUAUAUAUUAGGUGUGAUGGGACUUCUUGGUGUGUGCAAUGCAUACACGAUGCGAGUUUGUCUAAAUUUAGCAAUAACACAGAUGGUCAAUCACACCAAAAGUGCUGGAUCCCAUUUCGAUCCUGACGCAUGUCCUGACGACGAAGUUAUUGGUAACGCGACAGCGAUUUCACGACCGUAUGCCACAUUUGAAUGGGACGAAAAAACCCAAGGGCUUAUUCUGAGUGGUUUCUACUAUGGCUAUGCAGCAACCCAGGUUCCCGGUGGCUACUUGGCUGAACGAUUUGGUGGGAAAUGGACCCUAGGUGUUGGUCUGUUGAGCACAGCUUUAUUCACAUUCCUGACCCCCAUAGUUAUCAGAGCUGGUGGAGCAACGUGGCUCUUCAUACUUCGCGUUCUACAAGGAAUGGGAGAGGGUCCGACGAUGCCAGCUUUAAUGAUAAUGUUAGCGCGAUGGGUGCCUCCCCAUGAGCGCUCGUUCCAAGGAGCAUUGGUAUUCGGCGGUGCGCAAAUAGGCAAUAUAUUCGGCUCCUUCAUGUCCGGAAUAUUGCUUGCUGACGGUAGAGACUGGGCUUAUGUCUUCUACUUCUUCGGUGGAUUCGGCAUCUUUUGGUUUACGUUAUGGAGUCUACUAUGCUACAGCACACCGAACACCCAUCCGUACAUAUCAAAGAAGGAGUUAAAUUACCUAAAUAAGAACGUUACAACGGCCGAGAAUAAGACCGCAAAGGAUCCGGUUCCGUGGAAGGCGAUAUUGAGAUCCGCGCCGGUCUGGGCGUUAGUGUGGGCGGCUGUUGGUCAUGACUGGGGUUAUUACACAAUGGUGACAGAUUUGCCGAAAUAUUCUCACGACGUGCUCAAAUUCAACAUAGCGACUACUGGCACCUUGACAGCUUUACCGUACGUCGCCAUGUGGAUCAGCUCCUUCCUCUUCGGAUUCGUAUGUGACUUGUGCAUCAAGAAGGGAUGGCAUACAAUCAAAACUGGCAGAAUUAUUCAUACGACAAUAGCGGCCACUGGUCCUGCGAUUUGCAUAAUCUUAGCUUCGUACUCGGGAUGCGAUCGCACAGCUGCUAUGGUUUACUUUAUCUUAUCAAUGGCACUGAUGGGUGGUUUCUACAGCGGUAUGAAGGUAAAUGCAUUGGAUUUGGCGCCAAAUUAUGCUGGAACUCUGACGUCACUGGUAAACACGACAUCUACCUUUGCGGGUAUUGUGACACCGUAUCUAAUUGGAUUGUUGACACCUGACUCAACACUGGUGCAGUGGCGUGCAGCAUUUUGGGUAUGUUUCAUAGUACUGGUGGGCACAAACGUCGUUUACUGCAUAUGGGCAGACGGUCAACAGCAGUGGUGGGACGACGUCCGACAAUACGGCUACCCUGAGGGCUGGAAACACGGCACAUUGAUACGAGAAGAGAAUCCCGAACAACCGGAAUCUGUUAAAUUAACCGCCAGAAAUGGAUGACGACGUUGUUAUGUUUUGCUGAAUUUGAUCAAUAAUCCAAUAUUAUUCCCAUUUGAUUUGGCAUGUUGGAAACAAGAGUAUUAUCUUGUCCGACGUGCCAACUCAAUCACCGCUACUAUACUUAAUACAAAUCAAUUGAAUCUUUCUUAACCCUCCGAAUAUUUGACCAAUACGAAAUC